UGAACUGAGUAUCUUCUUCCCUUCUCCACCAUCGGACCCAAACUUUCCCCACAGCUGGAGAAUCAUCCCCGAGAAGAUCUCUCGACUUCGUUCCGCACGAUACCAAAGUCGGCAGCUUGGCCCCCUUCGCCCCCCACUGUUGAACCCCUAAAGACUCGGCCACCUUCGAGAUUUGGCCCCUCCUCCGACGGCGCCGCCACAAACCAGACAAAACCCGUUACCCUUUAUGCAAAAUCGGACGGGAUAUAUGAAAAAUGGAGAACGACGUGGAUGAAGUGAAGAAGGUGCAGCUUGUGGAAGCUCGAGCUAGGAACAUCAGCCACAACGUCCGCUGCACCGAGUGUGGGAGUCAGUCCAUUGAAGAUUCCCAAGCAGAUAUUGCCAUUCUGCUUAGAAAGUUGAUCCGUGAUGAGAUUCGUUCAGGCAGAACAGACAAAGAGAUCUUUCAAAAGCUAGAAAAUGAGUUUGGAGAGACCGUACUGUAUGCCCCAAAGUUUGAUCUGCAGACUGCGGCCCUUUGGCUAUCACCAGUUCUACUCGCUGGUGCCGCUGCUGGAGUAUGGGCCUUUCAGAGGCACAAAUCAAAGAACAACGUUCACGUUAUGGCUCUAAACCUCGUAAGAAGUGUUCCAUUGACCCCAAAUGAGAAGCAAACUAUGCUAGACCUCCUCAAACCUCUGCCGCAGCCGAGGACCACUCUUUUGUCCGUGUGGAGGAGGUGGCAAAGUCAAUGACGCGCCUUCUUCCAUCUUCCUUCUUAGCCUCAAGUUUGGUGAGAAUCAAACUUGUUAAAUGGUUAAACACUAGUCUUCAAAAACCAGAAUCGACUUGUUAAAUGGUUUGAGCUUAGUUGAAUGGAAUGAUGAUUCGGCAAUCCAAACUUCCAAUUUCCGUACAAUUUUGUACUGUAACUAGUGAUCAUACUGUAUGACUGUAUAUUAACAUAUUGAUAAUGGUUGUCUCGUCGUUUGACUUUACCCUUAAAUAAAGUUGCA